ACUAAAUAAAUCAUAUUGUGGCAAAUCAAUGAAUCAUUACACCCUUUUUAGGUCGGAUAAAUCAUUACACCUAUUUCUCUAAAAGUAAUCCCUCAUUUCACUUUUUUGGGUAGAAAAGCGAGGUUGAGCCCAUCCCUAAUGUCGGGCUUUCAGUCCGGCUGCCCAUGCCCAGCUUUACCGCGGGGCAUGACAUACCCUAAAUUUCGGUGCUAAAGGUCUCAUUCUUUUUUUUGUGCGAAAUUGCUAAAGGUCUCAUUCAUAAAAGUAAAUAGAAAAGGUUGCUUUCCAUCCAAUAUCUCCCUUCUUCAAGACAAAACCUAAACUUGCAUUCAUAAUCGCAUAAACAUUCAAUCGGUUAUGCUCCUUUUUACAUAACAUGACGCAAAGAAAAAUCCACGCCGCACGAACCCAAUAUGGAAACCUUUCAAUCCCAACCCAUACCACCCGAACCCGACCCAAACUAUUGGAUUUUGUAUUUCUAAAAAUGGAACUCAAUAAUUUUCAUUUAUACUGUUUCUGAAAAAUCUACUCUUUUAUAAGAAGAGUAGUAGAAGAAAUAUCCUUCAUUUUACAAAAAGUUGCCUUUUAAUCCAAAACCUCCCUUUUUUCUGUUCGAAAGGAUGAUAAUAAUCACAUAUAAAGAACCGGUCAAACGGAACCCGUACGAUCCGAACCGGACCCGAACUUUCAAUACCUUUUCUAAAACUCGUGGAUUUUUCACAUAUGUUUAAAAAAAACUCUUUUCCCUAAAAUGAAUGAAAUGCAUUAUGAGCCGGCCUGGCCAGAGUGAAACAUGAGCUCCUGCCAAACCAAACAUAUGUUGAAACAUGAGCUAAGUGAGAAGAUGUUCCUAUUACUAGCAUAUAUUGUAGGCACCAGUAGAGUAGGAUUGAUGCCUAUCUACUUGUGAUUUUACAGCCGUUGGGCGUUGGGUACUUGGGUGGGUAAAUAAUUGAAGAGGGAGGAGAUACACACGGUAGAGCACUAGCGGUCACGUGCCUCGCUUCCUCUUCCGGCUCGCCGCGCCGCGUGCAGCAGCAGCUUUACCCUCCCCACCAAUUGCCCAAAACGAUCAACCCCGUCCCCAAGGACUGCUCCCACGCCGGGCCGGCCACUCCGUUCCACUCCCCACGGCGGCGGCGGCGCCGGAUGGACAUGAACGGAGCUAACCAAGGCUGCGGCGAGGACUGCGACGCGGAGGGCUGCGAGUGCGGGGCGGACGGCUGCCAGGAAUGCGAGUGGUGGAGGCUGCACUGCUACUGGAGCCACGCUGGCGACCACCCGAGGCAGUUCUCCCUCGUCGCCGGCGACGAUUUCGCGGACCAUAUGCGCAUACGACCGCCGGUUGCAAGCCAUCUGAGAAACUUGAUCUCUGAGUUCGAGGAGAUCCAACUUGAAGCUCCUGAUGGCCGUGUGUACCCUGUUAAAAUCGGUUGGGAGUUUGGUGACAUUGUUCUUAGGUCUGGAUGGCACGACUUUGUCAAGGUGCAUCACAUAGAACAAAACUCCUCCAUCCGGUUUGUGUACCGUGGGAACUCCAGCUUCGAGGUUCACAUAUCCGAUUCACCCGGUCACGGCAACUCUUCUCCACCACCUCCUCGUGAUUGUCAUGUGCCGAAUGAACAAGUGGUGCCUGAUCCUGCACAUGUUCAGACAUCAAUCAACAUUGACUAUACCGCAUUCCCUGGGACCAGGCUAAGCCAUGAACAAGAGAAGAAAGUGCUAGAACUAGCUCAGAGAAGCAUGAGGUCUGAAUUUCGUCUGCAUGUGGCAGCUGUGAACAAAAGGAAUGCCAACGGGGACUGCCAUGUUUACAUACCCUUGACGCUUUUGGACAGUGUCAAAGAGGGGAUAACUGAAGCUCCAAUUCAGCUCAAAGCCCAUAGCAACGACAUGAUAUAUGUUGUUGGCGCAAGCAAGCAUGGUGACGAUCAAGUAAUCCUCCAAUCUAAGUUGAGUCAUUUUGUAGAUGGUCACCGCAUGCAAGACAACGACCUCCUCGUCUUUAGAAGCAAGGGGAAAGCCCAGCUCGAAGUUCUUGUCCUUGACCCGAGCGGUUGUGAGAAAAGCUGGUUUGACACGGGAAACUCUUCAAACGUUUCCAGAGAAGGCCGUCGUGCACACGCUCAGAACACGGCUUCAACAUCCUUCGGUUGGGCUAAAUCAGGACUCCAAGCUCGCGAGUCGAAUGAAGCAGGUUUACAAGCUCCUAGGUCCAACAACUACAUAUCAACCCAAUCGACCCCUCUACAUAGCCAACAGAAAGAGAAAGUCGAAGAGAGGGUUCGGGCAAUUGGUUCCCAAUUUCCUGUGUUUGUUAAAGUGGUUAGCUCCAGUGAGGUUGUUACCAAAACUUCUCUGUACUUGGGCCCGGAGUAUGCUUCGGCAUGUCUCCUGACCCAGCCAGGACGUCUCCGCCUCCUGCUGGACGGCGACGACAGGGAUUGGGACUGCAUGUUGGGCUUGAGGAAAUCUAACAAAACUUGGUGGAUCGACAGAGCCUGGCCGAAAUUCAUCUCGGAUGUCGGGCUGGAGGAAGAUGACAUCUGCCUCUUCGAACUGACGGACACGAGCAGUCUCACGAUGAAGGUCCAUGUGAUCCGCAAGUCGGAUAUACCGGCGCCAUGAGAGAGUUUGACUGAAGAAUGGCCUGAUGCUAGAUAGAGCCUGUGUCUAACUGAUGGACCCUACACUUUUGCUGACUCCUUGUGCUAUUGUUGCUGAUCCCUGUAUUGCUGCUUGUUUAGCAGCCACCUCAUGAACAACUACCUAUAACUAACUAGUGAUGAUUCAGAUUUCCACCAUGUCUCUCUCUCUCUCUCUCUCUCUCUCUCUCUCUCUCUCUAGUGAGGUGACAAAA